GGGAGGGGCUGGGCGGGUUGGGUUAUUGAAGGUGUCGUGUGGUCACCCCGGUGCGUUUCUUUGGUGGCUGUCAGUUCAGAUUUUAGAGGGGUUUUUUUCUUGGAAGAGAGAUUUACGGCCCCUUCUGUGCUCCAUGCUGUGGACCGGCUGGGGAGGGAGGCAGCGGUGACGACUGGCAGUGCGCACAGCAGAGAGAGAGUGACUUUCAAGGGGCAGGCAGAGUCUGCAGGCAGGAAAUAGCCAUUCAACAGAGCAGGAAUAUAUCUAUACACGGCGAAUUGUAAAGUUGUAGUUAUCACAAAGCAGAAAGGGGGAGUGUCGUUGGAGGAGCACAACACGCCUGAAUCUCUAUUCCAGGGGCCGCUGGACCAGGUUUUAGCGCAUGUAGAGAGGAGGAGGAGGAGGGAGGAGGAGGGAGGUGGUGGUGGUGGUGGAGGGGGCAGUGAGUGAGUACGUUUCACAGGAUCCAGGCCUAGUAGUAUUGCCGCUGGGACUCUCCUCAUCCGCUUUCAAAAAAUUGGAAAUUGGCACAUUUAAACGCCAAAAUGAGCGGGUUGAGGGUCAUGUUAGUGGUGGCCGACACCGGAAUGGGAGGAACCAUGUCAGCAUGAGCGGGCCUUACCCAGGCCCUGGCAGAGAAACUCAUCAGUCCAGCUGCCCUUUGACCUCCAGCCGAGACCUCUCCGCCCACUCCUGCCCCUCCAGACACCAUGACCGCAGGGUUGGGCUAACCAUGUCUGCUGCCACCUCCUCCCUCAAGCAUGCCUCCGUCUAUGGGUUUACACAAAGGGACCACUCCUCCUCCUCCUCUUCUUCUUCUUCCUCCUACAGUCCUCUCAGGAGGCUGCAACAUCUCACCACCAUGGUGAGCCAGCCUGACCUGGUUCUGCCAGUGAGGGAGCCAGAGAGGAGCUGGGAGUGGGGGGUGAAUAAAAAGGAGAGGGGGAAGGGGAUGGAGAGGGAGAGGGACUCCUGGGCUGAUUGCAAUAGCAGUGAUUAUUCUGGCACCGGGAACACAAGCAGGGAGGAGAGCUUUGGUGGCUCUUCUGCUGGAGAAAAACAACCUGUGGUCCAAACUAGAAGUCGAGAUGUGCCAGUAGCCAAUCGCAGCGAUCCUAUGGUCUCCGAGAAAAAGACAGAAGGUUGUUUCUCAGGCCCGCCCAGCCCGGCCUUCUCUCUCGAUAGCAACAGCCCCUUCGCUAACGGCUUCCUCCACUUUGAAUCCUCUUUGUUUGAGGACGACGACAAUGAUGCAGAGCGCGACACCGUGUCACCUCUGGGAGGAGGCUUGCAGGACAAACAGGAGAGGGCGGGGAAUGAUCUUCAAUCCACUCCUGGACACUUGAAUUCAGACUGCAAAGAUGCUACCCUGUCGUCAGCUAAGGUGGUCACCCGGUCCCAGUCUUCGGGUCAGCGCAGGAGAUACUGGGACGGCUCAGAUGACGAGUGGGAGAGCGACACCGAGCUGUUCCUGUUUGGAGAUAGUCCCUCAAGGCAUUCAAUGAGCAGCCUCAAGAAAAAGUCUUUGCCGCCUGUAAAGUUUUUAGAGGGUGAAGUUAUUUGGGCAAAGUUCAACCGAAGACCAUGGUGGCCCUGUGAGGUGACCGUUGACCCUGCACAGGGAAUCUAUCACAGAGUAAAAGAACCCAGUGACCGGCCCUGUCGGCUCUACCAUGUCAGGACCUUUGGGGAGCCUGUUGAGCUAACCUGGGUGGAGGAAAAAGCAACUCACAGUUUCCACGGAGGCUUUGAAUUUGAACAGCUCACCCUACUGCGCCGGAGGGGGAAGCAAAGGGAGCAGAACUACAAAUACACUAUUGCGAAGCGUUUUCAGGACUCUUGGAAAUUGAGUGUGGCGGAAGCUGAAUUUGUUCUCCAAGAGCGAUCCAAAAUGGCUUCCUCCAUUACUUCGUUGAUAGAUGAUGCCUUCCACGACACUCCCACACCGGAAAGAGAGAACAAGGCACGUCCCAUCUUUCCUCUCUCUACUUCACCCACCCUUCCUGAGACUUCGCACAUGACCAAUGGAUCCAAUUCAUCCCCAAUUACAACUCCAGCAAAGCCAAGCACUUUAAGGAAAUAUUCUGGCAAGAAGAAACCAAGUAAAUCAAAGGACAUAAGUACUAAACACUCUAAAAAGACAUUGCGUAAUAGCCCUGACCAAUCAGAUAGAGACAAUGGAGAGUGCCCAUAUUCUGACCUCGACUCAGUCCCUAAGAUUUUGUGUCCUAAUGCACUUGAACGUCAGUCUAAGCUAGUUCCAACACAGCCAUCUGUUACAGUUGUCAAAGAGGUAAAGAAGCAGCCAGAGAUUCAGAGUGGUCUUUGGUUCAGUAAAUCAAGCAAAGACAGACGACCUAAAACAACCAGCCCGAUGCCAGACCGCACUCUCUUUAGCAAGGUCCCCUGUAAGAAAAAGAACUCAUCUGUUGUAAGUAAAAAGUCACUGGUUCCUAGUGCCUCCUCUUCCAGUGGUGCGUCCAGUGACCAGUCAGGAUUGUCAGAAAAGCAUAAGACUCUGGUACCUGCUGAAACAAAUAUUUCACCUGAACAGUCAGGACAUUUGAAAUGUAAAAACACACCGGUUGCUAAAAGGCCUUUUGGUACAACUGGCAGUCCCACUGACCAGUCAGGAUUGCCAGAUAAGCAUAAGACUCUGGUACCUGCUGAAACAAAUCUUCCACCUCAACAGUCAGGACAUUUGAAGUGUAAAAAACCCCUUGUUGCUAAUAAUCCUUUUGAUACAACUGGCAGUCGCAGUGACCAGUUAGAAUUGUCGGACAAGCAUAAGACUCUGGUACCUGCUGAAACAAAUAUUCCACUUAAACAAUCAAGACAUUUGAAGCGUAAAAACACCCCGGGUGCUAAAAGGCCUUUUGUUACAACUGGCAGUCCCACUGACCAGUCAGGAUUGUCAGAGAAGCAUAAGACUAAGGGACCUGCUGAAACAAAUCUUUCACCUGAACAGUCAGGACAUUUGAAGUGUAAAAACACUGCGGUUGCUAAUAGGCCUUUUGGUACAACUGGCAGUCCCACUGACCAGUCAGAAUUGUCGGACAAGGAUAAGACUCUGGCACCUGCUGAAACAAAUAUUCUACCUGAACAGUCAGGACAUCUGAAGCGUAAAAACAGCCCAGUUGCUAAAAUGCCUUUUGGAACAACUGACAGUCGCACUGACCAGUCAGGAUUGCCAGAUAAGCUAAAGACUCUGGUACCUGCUGAAACAAAUAUUCUACCUGAACAGUCAGGACGUUUGAAGCAUAAAAACACUGCGGUUGCUAAUAGGCCUUUUGGUACAACUGGCAGUCCCACUGACCAGUCAGAAUUGUCGGACAAGGAUAAGACUCUGGUACCUUCUGAAACAAAUGUUCCACUUAAACAAUCAAGACAUUUGAAGCGUAAAAACCCCCCGGUUGCUAAAAGGCCUUUUGGUACAACUGACAGUUGCACUGACCAGUCAGGAUUGCCAGACAAACGGCAGUCGCUAGUGUCUGUUGAUACUGGUUUGCUUUUUGACAAGUGUAAAUUUUCAAAGAGCAGAAAGACAGUCAGUAAUACAGUUGACACUGUGUCUGAAUCAUUGUCUGACCAAUUAAGUAGCUCAGAUGUUAAAAAGGCCUUGGAGCCCAGUCCAGUCAGUUUCAAUGACUUAUCCAGGUUGAGUGUAAAGAGAGUCAGUCGAACUCAACAUUCGGACACGAUGGAAAAUAAAAAAGUCCAUGUAAUUGACAGGAUUUCUGACCAAGCAGAAGAAAAAGAAAGCAACAAGACUCCUGCGUCCACUUUGAAUGUUGACUCUACUGACCCAUUAGCAAGGCUAGAAAAGCAAACAAUUAUUGUCUCUAAGUGUAGGCUGCCCUUUGUCAAAUUAAUACGCAAGGACAUCAAAGGUAAGAAGUUCCUAAAUUCCAGUGUAACCAUUAGUCCCAAUGACCAACCUAGAUGUACAAAGAAUGAAAAAACACCAGAUACUAAUGUGAGUAAAAAGUCCUCUAAACAAUCAGAUUGGGUGGGUGACAAGGCAAGUGUCUCCAUAGAUCAGGCAAUAAGUUCAGAAUCCAUAAAGGUCUCAGUUAAGAAGUUGAAAGCAAGUGGUGGGACUGGUAUUCUUCGUCUCUCGUCAGAAUCAUCACAAGGUAAAACUAUCAUUGCCUCAGAUGUGGCAAGUGUGUCUGAUGAGUUAGGUAGCCCAGAAACGGAAAGGGUACCAGGUUUAAAUGUAAGCCCAAGCAAUGUGACUUACUCAUCCUCUAACCAAUCAGAACAGUCUAAAGUUAAGAAGCCCCCUGCAUCUAAUGUAACAAGCAUGUCAUCUGACCAGUUAGGCAGCUCAGAGAAAAAAAAUUCAUCUGCCACUAGUACAGCUUUUACUACAACUCCUCUACCUUCUCACCGGCACGGGGAUUUAGUAUGUAGGGAAGCGCAUGUGCCCGAAGGCCUGUCUUCUGCGAAAUCCAAGAAAGUUGUCCACAAAUCAAAGCAAGUACCAGAUGAAGUCAAAAAAGUCCAUGAACCGCCUGCCCACCUCCCAGCCAGCAGUCGGCUGAUGACCAGAGCCCUGAAGGCCAUGCAGGAGGCGGAACAGAAAAAGCGUGAAAAAGCCAGAAAGGAGUCUGAGCAGAAAGAACUUCUGAAUCCAUACAGAAAAGCUGAUGACCUUGUAUGCAACUCUGCACGCAAGUCCAAAGACCUUUGCACUAAAAUAGAAUCUGUUAAAUCAUAUUCUAAUAACAAUGGUAAGUGUGAUCAGGACACUAUUUCUAGCUGUAGCAGCACCCCUUUGACGUUUACUGAUUCAGUUGACUUUGAAGUUGAUGUCAAGAGCGAAGAUGAAGACCUCUCAAUAUCCUCAACUCCACCAAUGGACUUCAUACCCCUUACUUCUAAGGUAAAGGCAAAGAAGGAAGAUCAUUCCUCUGACGUACACUCCUCGUCCUCACCUUCAUCACCAUUUUCUUUUAUGAAUGCCUUUAAAAACGUGGAUGAGGUAUCCUUCCAGUCCCUGACAAAUGAGGGCGAUGGUAAAGCCGUCUCUUUCAAACCAGACACAAACUACAAGUUCAGCACUUUUCUCAUGAUGUUGAAGGACUUGCAUGACACUAGAGAGCGAGAGGGGACCCCCUUAGAACUGGAAAUUGGGCCACCAAGUGCACAUGUGAAGGAGGAACCCUUGGUGAUGCCUGGGGAGGCUACACCUGCAGUCCAAGAUCCACAAAUUGAACAUGUUAAUACAAAUUCAAAUUCCAUUCCAGACAAAAUUGAAAUCAAACACAAUGAGGAGAGCACAAGUCAGACGUCCAAGAGGCUCUAUAACAGGAGGGGCAGCUCCACUGGGGUAAAAAAGAAAGCCAACCGCCAAGUGCCUUGUCGUCCUGCCAGGUCUGGACCUGGUAUUCCAGGAGUGGAGUUUUUGCCAGCAAUGGACUUUACAUCAGGAGUGAAUUGCUCAUCAAGAGUCCAGUCCCUGUUAGGCAUACAGACCAGCAGCUGGAAGAGGCAGGCUGGAGGUGGUGAAGGAGUAGCUGGGGAGGAGAAAGCGGAGGAAAGGUGGAGCAGAGUAAAUGAGAAUCUACAGAACAUGGUGCCUUUGGAGCAGAGGGGAUGCAACACUACACUGUGUCUGGAACAGCCGAAUGGCCUUGUUGCAGACUGCACUGAGACUAACACAAGCUUGAUGCACAACACUGGAGAAGGCGACAAAGCUCCAAAAGCACAUAAGCGAAUAAGAAAACCAAGCAAGAGGCUGAUCGAAUGGACUGAAGAGUAUGAUCAGAUUUUCUCCACCAGGAAGAAAACCAAAAAGCCUCUCCAGUCGAUCGGAAAGGCCACUCAGCCCAUUUCGUCAAUGUCCAAACCCCCGGGAUCGGACAACAGCACACACGACCACCCAUCCUUGAGCUUACUUCCUGAAAUACAGACGCCACCUCCUGAGGAAAUUGCUGCAACAACGCCCUCUGAACUGCAAAUUCCCAGCACUGAAAACGCAACCCCCCAAGAUGCACCGGUGCUUUCCAUCGACACACUAACCCCUCCUCCUGAAGCUGACCCCUCGCCGUCAGAAGGCCUCAUCAAAGGCAACGGAAACGUUCCCAUGCUGGAGAAGAAGCGAAAGAGGAAACCCACUCAGAAGAUCCUGGAGUACUGUCUGGAGGCAGAGGCCUCAACAGGCCCCAAGAAGAAGGUCAAAAUACUGAAGAACAAUCCAAAUCCUGCUCCUCAAUCAGAUUCUGGACCGUCAUCUUUAAAGUCAAAGAGUAAGCAGCUUCCAGGUUCCAGCUCCACGCCGAUACCCACAGAGGCUUCCACGUGUACCCCCACAGAUCCGCCUCACAGCUCUCCUGCACCCUCCACUCAGGCACCGGCACCGGCCCCAACACCGGCCCCGCCCGAACCCGCCCAGGUGGAGACAGCGUCAGCAGACGUUGAUGCUCCUCAAACGGAGGACAGAAAGGACACAGCAGAGUCAGAGGGUGAACCACCCAGCUUGGAUCACAGCUUCUCCUCCAUGAAGGACGACUUAUCACUGUGUGACGAUCCACUUUUACCUUCGAGGAAGAUCAUAGGGGACCGAGGAGGUCCUGCCUCCAUGAAGGAGAACAUAUGUCAGGUGUGUGAAAAGACAGGGGAGCUGCUGCUCUGUGAGGGUCAGUGCUGUGGAGCCUUCCACCUGCCCUGCAUCUCUCUGGCCGAGGCCCCUAAAGGGAAGUUUGUCUGUCCGGAGUGCAAAUCAGGCAUCCACACCUGCUUUGUAUGUAAAAAGCGCAGUGAGGACGUGCGGCGCUGUAUGAUUCCUGUGUGUGGGAAGUUUUAUCACGGCGAGUGUAUCGCCAACUUCGCCCCGACCGCACCUGUGAACCGAGGCUUCCGCUGCUCCAUCCACGUCUGUCUCACCUGUUUCAUCGCCAACCCCAACAGCUCGUCCAUCUCUAAAGGUCGUCUGGUUCGGUGUGUGCGCUGCCCGGUAGCCUAUCACGCUACAGACCUCUGCAUGGCAGCAGGCAGCGUCAUCCUCUCCAACAACAGCAUCAUCUGUCCUAACCACUUCACCCCCCGCCGUGGCGUCAAGAACCACGAACACGUCAACGUCAGCUGGUGCUUCGUCUGCACUGAAGGAGGCAGUCUGCUGUGCUGCGAGUCCUGUCCUGCUGCGUUCCACCGGGAGUGUCUGAACAUGGAAAUGCCUAAAGGCAGCUGGUACUGCAACGACUGCAAGGCUGGGAAGAAACCUCACUACAAGGACAUCCUCUGGGUGAAGGUUGGGCGGUAUAGGUGGUGGCCAGCGGAGGUCAGCCAUCCCAAAACGAUCCCCGAGAACAUCCAGCGGAUGAGGCACGACGUCGGGGAGUUUCCUGUUCACUUCUUCGGCUCCAACGACUACCUGUGGACCUACCAGGCCAGGGUCUUCCCUUAUAUGGACGUGGAUGCCAACAGCAAGGAGAAGAUGGGGAAAGGUGUUGACGCCACCUACAAGAAAGCUUUGGAGGAGGCGGCUGUUCGAUUUCGUGAGCUGCAGGCAGAGAAGGAGCUUCGGCAGCUUCAGGAGGACAGGAAGAACGACAGGAAGCCUCCUCCGUACAAACAUAUAAAGGUGAAUCGACCAAUAGGAAAGGUUCAGAUCUUCACAGCCGACCUAUCAGAGAUCCCGCGCUGCAACUGUAAGGAGACAGAUGAGAGCCCGUGUGGGAUGGACUCGGAGUGCAUCAACCGCAUGCUGCUGUACGAGUGUCACCCGCAGGUUUGCCCGGCGGGUGAGCACUGCCUCAACCAGGCGUUCACCAAGCGUCAGUACAGCCAGGUGGAGAUCUUCAGGACGCUGUCUCGAGGCUGGGGGCUCCGCUGUGUCCACGACAUCAAGAAGGGUCAGUUUGUGAGUGAGUACGUCGGGGAGGUGAUUGACGAGGAGGAGUGCAGGUCCAGGAUCAGACACGCCCAGGAGAACGACAUCUGCAACUUCUACAUGCUCACUCUGGACAAGGAUCGAAUCAUCGAUGCCGGGCCGAAGGGGAACGAGGCUCGCUUCAUGAACCACUGCUGCCAGCCCAACUGUGAGACGCAGAAGUGGACGGUGAGCGGAGACACCCGCGUGGGACUGUUUGCUCUCGUUGACGUCGCUGCAGGCACAGAGCUCACCUUCAACUACAACCUGGAGUGUUUGGGGAACGGGAAAACGGUCUGUAAAUGUGGAGCACCAAACUGCAGCGGCUUCCUGGGCGUCAGGCCAAAGAACAACCCUCCGUCUGAAGACAAAGGUCGUAAGAUGAAGAGGAGGGGCCACGGCAGGAGGAAGAACAAGGUGGUGGUGACCAAAGAACGAGAGGACGAGUGUUUCAGCUGCGGAGACGGAGGACAAAUGGUUUCCUGUAAGAGACCCGGCUGUCCCAAAGUUUACCACGCCGACUGCCUCAACCUCACCAGGAGGCCUGCAGGUCGUUGGGAGUGUCCGUGGCACCAGUGCGACAUCUGUAAUAAGGAGGCGGCAUCCUUCUGCGAGAUGUGCCCCAGCUCCUACUGCAACCAGCACCGCGACGGCCUGCUCUUCAUCUCCAAGCUGGACGGCAAGCUGUGCUGCAGCGAACACGACCCCUGCGGGCCCGAACCGCUGGAGCCGGGGGAGAUCCGCGAGUACACGGCCGAGCCUGGAGCCCUGACCUCGGGGCUGGGCAUGGCCGUCAUCCCCCCUGCUGCUGCUAACGGCACCGCCACCAGUCAGAACCCGAGCGCCACCGGGAAGCUCCCGGAGGUCAGCGCUGGCGCUGGGGCGGCUGCCUCCGAGUCACUUCCUGCGUUUUCCAUCCCGGUACCCAUCACGAUUCCCGUGGCAGCGCCUGCCUCCUCGCCUCCGCCCAGCAGCUCUGAUGCUCCCAGCAGCCCGCUGGUGUACGACCUCCCGCACUACUCGCCCAUCUCUUCGUAUGAGGAGGAGCGGGAUGUCGAAGAGGAGGAGGAAGAGGAGGAGGAGGAGGAGGAGCUGGAGGAAGUGGAGGAAGAGUCAGAGGAAGAGGGUGAGGUGGGGAGGCAGAAAUCAGGUGCUCACGAAGAGGAUGGAGAGGCGGUGAUGGAAUACCUGGAAGAGGAAGAGGACGAGGAGGACGAAGAAGAGGACGAAGAAGAGGAGUGACGCACAGUGGAUUAUUAUUACAACUGAAGGCAACGACGCCUCACAGUCACUACAGCGGUAAUCUACUGUAUAUCCACGACAUUCCACUUCUGGGAUUGCUCCGGUGCCGCCGGAAAUUCCGCCGGAUGUCCUUUUCGGCCAGAUGUCCGUUAUCUUCCUCUUUCUUUGUGUUGGCG